UCUGGGACGUAAACACUCGGUGAAGCUGCUGAUUCGCUGCAUCUCCCUCCGCUCCCACAGUUCAACAGGCAACAAAGGAAGAAAGGAAGAGGCCGUCAGCUACAAAGUGUUAGCCAACCCAGGCAGAGAGGUGUCACCUUAUUGUGUCAUUCCAGUCGGAUGUGUACUCCGGCACGUUUAGCGACAACCCGAUUCAGCCGGAACAACGCGAUAUAUGGUCGACUAAAGGGAGGCUAACGGUCGUGUAGUCGACAGCGAACGCUAACCUGACGUUAGCUAACUGAUAGACUUGGGCAGAAAGCUAAUAUUAGCCGAGGCUAACAUUAGCCCACAGCCGUGAAGAAGCGAACCUUUUGAUGAACGUGUUUUGCCAGACAGAUGCCAUCCCUUCUGGGUUAUUUUGCCCAGUGAGACAAGCAGAAGUGACCGGCAUCAAAUGAAAGGUGGUGGAGGUGGAACUUGACCCAUCCAACUGAGUCACCAUUUUCCUGCACAUAAUGGGUUUGAUGUCUCCACUGUAUGCAUGACUUGUUUUGUGCGGCCUGAUGGGAGGACACUGUGGAUAGUACUUUCAUCAGAAUACCAGAAGCGCCAACCCAUGCCCCCACUUUGGAGGGCCUGUCAGAAUGAAGAAGAUAAGCCUUAAGACCAUCCGCAAGUCCCUCAGCAUAAAGGGCAAGGAGGAGGGUGACUUUGUCAUGCUGCAGCAGCCCUCGGUGACUCCAGAAUUUUCCAAGGAAGAGUCACUUUUUGGGGGCUGCUACACCAAAGAGCUAUCUGGGUGUGACCUUGGUAGUGAAGAGGACAAAGGAGGCCAGAAUAAGAGCCGCUCAAAGAGCGAGAGCCUGAUGGGAUCACUCAAGAGGAGACUGUCCGCUAAGCAGAAGGCAAAAGUAAAAGGCAGCCCCUCUGCCAUAGGCUCAGUGGACGAUGAUGACUCGUUCUCCUCCUCUUCUGUGCCUAUCAGCUUUAAUGAGGUGAAAGCCCAGAGACCCCUUAGAUCUUCAUCCUUACGUAGUCACCAUUAUAGCCCUUCGCCUUGGCCUCUGCGCUCCGUGAACUCUGAUGAGGCGUGUAUUAAGAUGGAGGUAAAGGUUAAAGCCAUGGUUCAUUCUCCCAGCCCAAGUCCCAACUUGCACGGUGUCCGUAAAGAAUUUCAUGAUUUUCAAAUGGAAGGGCUCUUUCAGGACCAAGCAGAAUCCUUAAAGAAUCUCCAACAGCCACAAAACGGGGAGCUGCAUCUAGAUAUUGAUGAAAAUGACGUGCCUGUGGUGCUCGGGUUGACUCCCCAGGACUACAUCCAGUACACAAUGCCUUUAGAUGAGGGAAUGUACCCAGAGGGGUCCCACUCUUUCUGCCUGGAUAGCUCCUCUCCUAUGGAGGUGGUGACUGAAGCAGACAACGCGUCCCUCCACACAGACCAGGGACCGGAGGAACAUGAACUGGUUUGUGGGUUGCCUCCGGAUCUCUUCAUGGAAACCUCGGUUAAUAGUCUUCUCAUUGGUUCCGCUGCAGUGAUGCUCCAAAGCUCUCGACUAGAGGUCCAACGUCCCCUCUCUCCCCUCAUGUCGCCCAUGAUCAGAAACGGACACAUUCCGAGGACGUUUUCAGGGUUCAGCUCUUCGGACAGCCAGGUAGCCGAGAGGGUAAGGCACCACCUCAACUUUGACCCAAAUUCAGCCCCCGGGGUCAGUCGGGUGUACGACUCGGUGCAGAGCAGCGGGCCCAUGGUCGUCACCAGCCUGACGGAGGAGCUGAAGAAGCUGGCGAGGCAGGGCUGGUACUGGGGCCCCAUCACACGCUGGGAGGCCGAGGAGAAGCUGAUCAACCUGGCUGACGGCUCAUUCCUGGUCCGAGACAGCUCGGAUGACCGGUACCUGCUCAGCCUGAGCUUCAGGUCCCAGGGCAAAACCCUCCACACCCGCAUCGAACACUCCAACGGACGCUUCAGCUUCUACGAGCAGCCUGACGUGGAGGGACACACGUCCAUCGUGGACUUAAUCGAACACUCCAUCAGAGACUCGGAGAACGGAGCUUUUUGCUAUUCCCGGUCCCGCCUACCAGGUUCUGCAACCUACCCCGUCAGACUAACCAACCCAGUAUCUCGGUUUAUGCAAGUGCGCUCCCUGCAGUAUCUCUGUCGCUUCGUCAUCAGACAAUACACAAGGAUAGACCUGAUCCGGAAACUGCCCUUGCCUAACAAGAUGAAAGAUUAUCUGCAAGAGAAGCACUACUAAGGAGACAGAGAUAGGACAGUAGUAGAAAUUUGCACUUUUUGUGUUCAGUUAAGAGAUUUAAACAAGGUUUACAGACAACCACAGUUUUGAGACAAUUGGUUCUGGUGGCUCUUGAUUUGUGUCCAGGUGACUUCUGUCACUGUUAAGUCCUCCAUUCCAUUGUGAUGGUUUUCCUGCUGGUUUUAGAAAGUGCCACUUCCAGAAACAUAAGCCAGCACAUAAUCUAUUGCAGAAGUAUAGAAUAGGGAUUCAGCUAAGUUUUCUUAGCUGCCUAAAUUAAGUGUAGACAUUCGUGUAGUGUAACAUCCAGCUGUGGAGUCUGUAGGAAAAUAAAAAAUGUCAAAAUAUAUUAUUUUUAUCCUCCUUCAAAAAUUACAACGUAUUGCUACAAUGAAGUUUUAAGAAUCAAAUGUUCUGCAGCCUGACCGAUUUUGAUCAUCUUUUGCUUUUCAUUACUUAUCAGAUGCAACAUUAACAGUCUUUUUCAGUAUGACCAAACUAGAUAUUCAAGUAGAUGUUUGCAUACUAUGUAAUUUGUCAAAUAGCAUAGCUUGCUGAAAAAACAAGUGACGAUGGCCAACCUAUGGUUUUCACGUUAACCGUGAUGUUUUUUCUAAUUUACGAAUUGGAUGCAGAUUAUUCCUCAGGUAUCCUCUGACUCUAGUUACAACUGACUUGCUGCAUGUCCAGUUGUUUCAGUAGGUUAACAGACACUGACGCGCUUCGCUCAGAUGAGAUUAAACACAAACGGGCCCACAAAUAUGAACAACAUGUUCCUGCAAAAGAUGACCAAAAUUUGCCGGGCUGAGGGGGGGUUUAACAGUUUGGUAAGAGAAGUAACUCUAAAUAGUAUGGCUGCAUGUAGCCAUUAUAUAAUGUGCAAGCCAAAAAGGUACUUUUGAUGCUGGAUUUUUAUGUGCCGUUAGUAGAAACGGCACCAAGAAGAUGUAUAAGCCUUUUUGAAAUAUUACUGCUAAUCGUUAAAUCUUUCUGCAUUAGGAAUGUCACAAAAGGGCACUGCAGCUCAGGCCUAACAACUUUGUCACUAUCUGUAAUGCUCGUCUCUGCAUGUAGUAACGCAGACAAUUAAGGGCACCGUAGAGUAUUUCUACCCGACGGAGGGAGUCAUUUAAGAGCAACGCUGAGCAAAACGCUGUUUCAAUGCACAGUUCCAUUCACCGUAGGCCGCUUACAAGUAUAAAAAAAAAAAAUAAUCCCCUUAGUUAACUUACAACUAAAAAUACCUCUAGUCGUUCGUUCCGAGCUGCACCCACGUCUAAAAAAGCCAGAGUGUGUGUGUGAGCGCAGCAGCCAAUGUGUGAGGGUCGGUCAAAGGAUUUGGGUAAAGCCAGUGUUAAGACCUCGCCAUCUUGGGAGGGAUGCCGGGGCCUCGGCGCGCCACAAAAGUUACAUCACAGCAUCCAGGCAGCGCUGGUGUCGCAUUAGGUUUCAAGGACAAGAAAACGUUCAAAUUUAGCCUUUGCUUUAUUCACCCCGUCCCAACGGAGCUGCACUACCACUCCGAUUGUCUCCACUUGGCUGUUUGUGCCAGAGUAAAGGGAAGAGCACACAGGAAGCUACGCAAGUGCUUUAUAUGGAUACUUUGACUGGGAAUUGUCUUUUCACAUUAUGAAUGAGCUUUUUGGACAUCAGUGUCUCUUUUUUUUUAUUUUUAUUUUUUUCAAAGUAUUUCAGAGAAUGGUCUUUGGUAGGUCGUUUAGCGCGUAGCUCUGGUUCUUGUUGGCUGGAAGUGUCUGAGGAGGUCGCCGCGGAUCCAGCACAGCGGGAAUCGGAUAGGAACUUUGAAUGGUGUUGCAUGUUUAAAGACUUAGCAUCUUAAAGCGGAAACCUUUGAGUUGUAUAGGAAUGAAGGAUUUUAGGUUGCGCGUUUCGGAGGAGUAGAGGGACGCGUUCCUGUCACAAACAUUGGCUGGACAUUUUGUGUACGUGAAAAUGUUUGUCUUUUUAGAAUCCUUCUGUGGGUUUAGUUUGUAACAUUUGCCGUCUGGGGGGGAUGGGGCUGUACAAAAGAAAUGUACGCUUGUUUGAGGUAUCCAUUUUAUCUGCCUGCAGACCAGUUACAGAGAGCAUGAGAAUUGUAAGAACAUCGUUGUCACACUUUUUGCACUUGAAUAUACUCUUGAUGUGCUUGGAUCCUCUCCUUCAGAUGGCAGUUUUAAAGACGAGUUAAAGUCACACGUUUGUCCUUAUGUGUUCAUAUAACUGUUUGGAUUGAAACCAGAUUGUUUUUGUUUUGUCAUAUCUGUGGGAUAUAAAGGGUAAGGCACCAGCAUCACAUCAAAGCCCCCGCUAAUGCUCAUGUGCUGUAGAGGAUUCAGAUCGUGGCAAGGACGCGGAAAUAAAUUAAACUUUUUUUUUUUUGUGGGGCGUGAGUGUGUAUGUGUUUCAGUUGAAAUGUGAAAGUAAAAUGUUAGUCUUUUAUAAUACAAUGUUCUUUUUGAUUGCAUUUCCAUUCUAAUUUGCAAUUUGUCACCUGAUUUUGCCAAGCAGGAACCAGUUUCAUAUGGUGUUGCUGCUGUCACUUGUCAAUACCUAUUAAGCGUUAUUGCCUUCAAUGUUUGAUUCCAGAAGUUGAUGCUUGUUCAGACUGCCGAAGCAUUUUGAAUUAAUAACAGCCGUUUAGCACUUAACAAGCUCUGUUUUUUUUGUGCAUCUCCGUGAGUGAAGGUGAUUGUUUACAACACAACGUUUCAAAAUGCCCCUCCCUUCUCUUUCUUUUGUUUACCCUCUCACAUGAACAUGUUGGUACAAUUUACGUAUUUCAUUUUAAUGUGUUUUCACACAUUUGUGCUGCUUACGGAUAUGAUUACCUUGCUUGUAUUUAACAACGGGGGAGAAAUAGAAUGUCACCAAUGUAGAUGUUAACAUUUUGACUUGUUUUCAUCUUGGGAGAGCAAAGCAGUUUUUAACAAAGCGUCUUCAGUCAAGAGCAUUAGUAGCGAUUAGUAAAACCCUUUGUAGAAUUACCGGUUCACUCCAGUUUACAUUGGUUGUCAACUUUCCAAAGUAGAUGGUCUUUUUGUAUUUUUCUUUUGGAAAAAAAAAUCAACAGUGAUUUAUUGCACACUUUGGAUACAGUUAAAGAGUUUUUUGUAUCUGCCAAUUAUAAAUUAUAAAUAAA